GUUCAGAUUUAAAGUACAUCACAAAUUAACAGAAAAUAAAUCUUUUGCACAUGUUUUUCUCAGGAUUUUUACAGGUGCUUUUCAAACAAGGAGAGUAAAACAGUAUACUGAAUGUGUGAGUAUAGGUUAAAAACGAAUCAACACAGACAGAAAUGUCUAUUCAGGAGCUUACUGUAUAUUAAAAUACUUCUAGAAAAUCUAAAUUGAUAAGAAAGACUGUUUUCCCCCUUAAGACAACAGAGAAGUCAUUUGUUUAUCAUUUAUGUACAUUUAUAACAGUCUAUGGUGCUAGUGAUCUUUCAAAAGUGCACUUGAGGUCAGGGGUGUCAUUGACUACAAGACCCAUAAAGCCAUGAUCACACAGAAAGAAAAAGAAAAAUUGGCAAGGUCUCAGGAGUCAGAAUAUUCAUAAAGCUUUGAAAUUUGCAUUACGUGGCCUUUCCUAACGAUGUCUGUGAACAAGCCAGAGCCCUAACAAGCUAAUUGUGGUCUGAGACUGUGGUAAAAAUUUGUUUUCCUGAUGUAAAAAAAAGAACAAAACAACUAUAUAAGUUAAAUAAAAAAUAUAGUGCUUUAAUGACUAUUUAUUUAAUGACUGUGUGGUAUAUCUAUAUCUAACAUGUUCUUAAUAUAAAAUGGUUCUUCUGCCCAGAGCAAGUGGGACAGAUGUUCCUUGAAAGUUUGCAAAACAGUAAGAUAAUAAUAAAUUUUGUGCUUGGAUCAAUUUAUAAUCUUUUGUAAUUUAGCUUAUAUGACAUAUUCCACACAGAAUAUGAGCUUUAAACAUGAGAACUUCCUGUAUUUCUCUGAUAUUUACUGUAAGUCACUCAGCUCAGAUGAUAUUUUGCAAAUGUAAAACAAAACCAGACGUAUACUGUAGUUUUGAGACACAGGAAGUUUUAAAUUACAGCUGCUAAAUAGGGAAGUGCGUUAUAUGUAUAUCAGCUCACAAUCACGAACUGAUCUUCACUUUGAAAUCACCCAUCAAAGGACCUCCUUGCUGCUCUCUUUUUGAUUUGGACUUGUUUGGUGAUGGCAGCUCUGUCUGUGAGCAUUGCAACAUUCAACAUGUUGCUCCAUAUCCUCUUUCUUUCAGGUGCUUUGGCUGCUUGUCCUGAAGGGACAUACCCACACAUUACUGUACCACAGAAGAUGGAGGCACUGAGUGGAUCUUGUCUGCAAAUCCCAUGUUACAUUCCAAAUGAUGACAUACAUAGGGAGGGCACCGGACAUGUUGGAAAGUGGAUUAAAAGUGUUGCUAACAACAGAAUUCCAAACAAUGUGAUUUUCGACAGUAGUAAGACAGUUAACAUUUAUCCAAUCAAUAUCAUUGGAAACCUGAGUGAGAGAAACUGCACCACUUUAUUUUCUAAUCUAAUCAUAAAUUACACAGACACAUACUACUUCAGAUUUAAGAACAGUGAAUACAGCACAACAGCUGCUUGUGACCCUCUUCAAAUAACAGUUCAAGAUUCUCCUCCAAGCCCCAGAAUUGAGAUCUCAGGUGAUCUGAGGGAGAAGGAGUCUGUCACUAUAACCUGCUCAGCUCCCACUCCCUGUCCACACUCCCCUCCUAAACUCACCUGGAAUCUCCAACAAGACCCUCACAACACAAUAGAGGUGAACACAGAUCGAACCUUCACAACUAAAAUCCAGGAGACCAUCACUCUGUCAGACAAACAUGAUGGAGUCACCAUCACCUGUUCUGCCACAUAUCCUGUGGAUGGAGGAAACUAUAAGACAGCAGAGGACAGAAAGACUCUUAAUAUUCCAUACUCUCCCAGGGACACCUCAGUGGUCAUCAGUCCCACUGAUCCAGUGUCAUUUGGCAGUGUGGUGAACCUGACUUGCUCCUGUAGAGGAAACCCUGCUGUUGUCAACUUUGUGUGGUUCAUGAUCACUGAUGGCAGACUGGAAAUGAUCAAAGUUGAUACGCAGGUUUAUGGCUUUAAGGUGACCAAGAGUGAUCGAGGCAGAGUGUAUUAUUGUGGAUGCAGAAAUGAUCUCGACAUUCAACUCUCAACAGGACGUCAGCUGAUAUUUGAAGAUGAUCAACAGUCUGAAGCAGUUAGUGUUGAAGUUAUAGUGAAGAUCCUGGGAAUCAUAAUGCUCAUCAGUACACUGGUCAUCUUUGAGUGCUGGUUUAGAUCAAGACACUCCACCAAACCAGCAAAGGAGGCAGUAGAUGCCAUCUAUGUCAACAGUGCUGUGGAGUUACAACCAUCAUGAGCCAGAAGAAAAGGAGGAGGAUGUCAUGUUCAUUAUGAAUACAACAGCAUACCCUAUCAUCUAGUCUCUAUCCAUUUCUUAGUCUUAGUGUGCCUCUUAAAAUAAAGUGUAGAUUUUCCUUACAUCCUAAAUGGUAUAACUUACUUUAAAGAUGACAUCGGACUAUGGUGAAUAAUAUUUUUAUGUGUUUUUUUGUUCUUUGUGUCUUUAUUAAA